AUGGUGAAUCUGGAUUUAUCUUGUAACAAUCUUACUGGAGAGGUACCUGAAGAGAUCUGCACUCUUGUUGCACUGAAUAACUUCAACUUCUCAUGGAAUGCUUUAACUGGAGAAAUUCCUAGAAAAAUCGGUGACUUGGCACAAGUAGAGUCCCUCGACCUAUCACACAAUGAGCUUUCCGGUGAAAUCCCCACAAGCUUAUCAGCUCUCACGUAUUUGAGCCACUUGAACCUGUCAUAUAAUAAUCUAUCAGGAAAGAUACCAUCUGGAAAUCAACUGCAAGUCCUCGAUGAUCAGGCAUCAAUCUUUGUCGGAAACCCAGGUCUCUGCGGUCCUCCUCUCACAAAGAAAUGUCCUGAAACUAUCUUGAUCCCUGCUGCUCCAGAAGAUCAAAAGGAUGGAAGCGAUAAUGCUUCCCUUCUCCUCGGCAUGAGUUCCGGAUUUGUGAUAGGGCUCUGGACAGUAUUCUGCAUCCUCUUGUUCAAGACCAAAUGGAGAAUUGUUUGCAUCACACUCUAUGAUAAAUUGUAUGACUGGGUUUACGUGCAAGCAGUUGUUGGCUCGGCUUCUCUGUCAAGAAAAAUGGAUACCAGGAGCUGA